UGUAAAUACCGUUCGCUUCCUCGCUAUUGGCGAACGAAUCACGUGACGUUUGUAUUCACAAGCCCUCUAUCUGAGUUAACAGACACACUGCUGUACUUUAAUAUAUAUACAGCGAGCGAGCGCAGAGCUUAUUUAUUGUAUUGUGUAUUGGAAAAUACUAAGUCGUGAUUCAUUCGUACUAAAUGGAAUACUGGAUUUACAAAACGGAUUAAUAUAUUUCAGCAUUGGUUUAACGUAGGUGUCUGAAUAUAAGCAGUGUUUUCUUUUAUGUGGAUUUGUUAGUUUACGUCGGAACACAGAAAACAUCAGAAAUGCUCGCACAUGUUGAUUGACGUAAGGAAUCAUCUGUGUUUUGUUGUUAUUGCGCGUGCGGUUAUUUAUAGAAAGUCAGUGAUACAGCGGAAUACGGAACCGUGAGUGAGAUAGUUUGUGUAUUAAAUCGCAGAAUUUUGUCAUUAUCUGCGUUGUAAAAUGGAAGGAAACAUGUCCGAAAAAAGGGAAAACGAAAAUUUCCUCCCGCCAGCGAAGUUUGGCCAGGGAGGAAAGAUUAAUUCCUCGCCCGAGACAGUGGAAUGUCUAGAAAGGCAGAUUGAACAGUUAAGAAAUUACAUAAAAGGUCUUGCCUUGUUUUCGAUACUGUCUACUUUAGUGCUCAUUAUUGUAUUUUCGGUGCUCUAUGCGAACAUCAAAUGGGAUGUACGGAAUCAUGAACACCCGCCGAAAGUCGGCGCCCAGAUCAAUAAAAUCCUUGAAAAGGAGGAACUAUGCAUGUUGUGCGCUGAAAUUAGACUGGGUCCCAGCCCCGAAGAAGACCGGAUGCUGGACCAUUUCGUCCGGAAGCCGGGGACAGCGGGAAAAGGGGAGGAGUGUUGCGUAGAGACACCGAAACAACUUCUACAGCUUCUACAGCAGUUCGUAGAAAAGAAAUAUAGAACAGAGCUGGCAAAGGGUAACAUCAAGAUUGAGACCAGCUCCGCUACCGCGCCCAGUGACUCGCACCCGGCUGCCCAUCUGAUGGGGACCGCACAAAGGCAUGACCAGCCCACAGUUCCGGGCGGACUGUUCGCGAUCUCGCUGUACAUCUGGAACGAGGACCUGGCGUUUACCAACAAGGUGCAGUAUCGUCACGGUCGCAUCGUGAUCCUUGAGCCCGGCCUCUACUAUGUCUACAGCCAGGUUUCCUUUUUGGAGUAUUUCGACAACCCGUCCAACGUCGAGACCGGUCCGCGCUCGCUGUCCCACUACAUCUACCGGUAUAACAUCAUAUAUCCGGAUGGAGGCGAAGAAUCGAUGAUACAGAACUCAAUGACCAAAUGUUGGGCCCAGAAUAAAGCCUUCGGCGAGUACACGAGCUAUUUAGGGGCUGUUUUCCAUCUUAGACAGGGAGAUGAAAUCUUUGUGAAGGUUUCCAAUUUGACGAUGCUUGUCUUGGAACCUAAAUUGCGUUAUUUUGGGUUGUUCAAGGUUUAAUACUUUUUGAAAGCAUAACGGUUACUUUUGCCUUUUCACUGAAUCUCGAUUUAGAUCAAAAUAAUUAGAACACCUAACCAUCGCUGUCUUAUUAGCGUAUUUUGCAAAUACUAACAACUGCUGUAAGCGUGUUAAGUUGCCAUUUUGAACACAGUUACCAUAAAAGCAUAUAUUGUAUGUUAUUAAAUAUAAUUAAGCGAAUCCAAUAUACAUGUAUUAUACUACUUUAAAUCUUUAAAAACGGAUUACAUCUCUACAGUAUGCAACAUGUUUGUGCAACUGCACAUUUGUAAAGGGCCAUAUUUCCAGUCAUACAUGGAGAAUAAUAACUCCCUAAAUGAUAUGUUUUCAUUUUGUGAAUAUGGAGAUUUAAAAUAUGGAAAAAAAACAUUCACAUCUUCGUUUGGUUCAGUUUUCUUCGAUUUACAUUGGUUUAUUUCACCGAUCGGGGACAUUUAAAAGAAUGUGCUUUGUAAACAAGUGGACGGUAAACAUCAACCAGCAUGAAACUUGGGAAUUCAUAUACUGAACUUGAAGGUCGAAUAUACCCGUUGACAUUUUGAACAUACUCUCGUGUUGUGAGCGAACAUUCUUCCGAUGUUGUUAGCAUAAUUUGUACCUACGGUUUCAAGCUUGAAAUAAGUUGUCGUUAAAAUACGAACAUACAUGUAUAUAUUCGUCCAUACCUGCCGUGGUGGUGUAUGUCAUAUUAUCUGUUGUUUUUGUACUGACAGUGAUUGUCAUUAAAUAUUGUCCAUUCCAAUUAGGGAUUCGAGUAUUGUUACUUGUAUUUGAUUAACUAUUGUUAAUUGUAUUUGAAUAUUUGGCGAUAUAUGUUUUGGCAUUGAUACACAUCUUUGUGUAAAUAAUACUGGAAGUAUUUCCCUUUUUAUCGAACAUUAUUGAACCUCUGCUUGGCGUUGUGUAUGGAGCCUCUUUAACGCUCAAAAUCAACGAAAAUUUCGUAUUUUGUUAAAUCAAUUUAACACCAAAACAAUCAAUGUUCCUUAUAGCAAUGGCCUCAAUUUCAACGCUAGAUGUGGUAUGAUUACAUAUAUUUUUGUAGAUACCAAAUGCUCGUUUUUAUUUAUUUGUGACAGAAUUCCAUUUUAAUUUCCCGCGAAUAUAUCUAUUCAUACGACACACGAACACUAAAAUAAUACCAUGUUAGUGUUCAUGUAUCGUAUGAAUAGAUAUCGUUGCGGGUAAUUAAAGUGGAAUUAAAUAUGUAAAACAAUAAAAAAAACGAUAAUUGCGUAUCUACAAACAUCUAUUUUACAAGACGUCAUCCGGCGUUGAAAUUUGGCAAUCGCCAUAAGGAACUCUGAUUUUUAAUUUGUUAAACUUUAUUUUACGAAAUACUGUACGAAAUUGCCGUUGAUUUUGAGUUGUAAUGUGGCUUUAAAGCAAAUUUUAUAUACGUAGUUGAAAUCAAUCAUUGACGUUGUCCUUAAUACAAAUUUAAUAUUGUCCUUUAUUAUAGGUCGCGUUAUAUUAAUGUUUCAAAAACGCCUGCAAAGUGGAACUAAGUAAGCUUUCGUAGCAUAAUUUUGGCUUUUAGAUGAUUUGUUGCUGGAGUUAAGUUUGUGUUCAUAAUAUCUUAACACGGUUUCUCCUCAAAUCCACUAUUUUUUAUGUAACUUCAUAGGAAUGCCACCUGGGCGUGUGUAUGAUGUGAAGUUUAUUUACAGGUCUCGUGUAGACACCUGUCUGUUGUAAAGAGGUCCCGGAAGCUAAAAAUAGGGUUUUUGAAAUAUUGUUUGUUGUGGCAUCUCCAAUACCGCUGAAUGGAAUAUUUUUAACUUGUUCUUAAAUACAUUUAAAAUCGACGCCAAUAACGUCAUAUUAAAUUUUAAAACAUUAGUAAUGUUGAACCAGGUAAAAAGGAACAGUCCAGAGAGGCCUUUGUUUGAUUAAUUUUCUUGAAAAGUAGAUGGUAUGUUUAUAAAUAAUUGCUACUUCUAAACUAGUCAACACGUUUAGCGUUAAUGUAUUACCGCGACAUUCAAAUCGCUAUCGUUUAUUUGAUAUAUUGAAUCACGAAGUUAAUUUACCGCGAUGUAUUCUUGUUCUUGUAUAAGAUUCAUAGUUAUGGUAAGGUUUACAAUAUGUAUAUGUCUUUGUGUUUGUUUUUAAAGAGUUGUACCUAUUUGUCAGAAGUCUCUGUAUUAAGAUGCUCUUUGUGUUUAUGUUAUAAAUUAAUUUGUCCAUUUUGCAUAAUGUGCUACUCAGUUUUGAUAUCUGCGUGCGGUAUACCUGUUUACAGGUGCCAAAAUACUAGUACUUUGCAUGAGCUGUUGUUGUAUAUUUGAUGAGUAAAUUGUUCUUGUUUCCAUUAGUCGCUGAUGUACAGUGAUUUUGCUCUGGACACAAGCGGGUAAUGCAUGUAUACAUAAUACAUAUUACAUUGAACCUUUUUAGAUCUUUAUUUAAAGCAUUACUUUUAAAAGUAUAUGAUUUUAUAUCUGCUAAGCUGUAUAUUUGUUAUUUCAUUCAAGUUUGAUUUAAGAUAGCAUGUAAAAUAGUUUUAUACGUAGGUCGACAAGUUGAAAUUAAUUAAUUGUUAUUGCAUCUUGUGAACACUGAACAUAUACGUUAAUCUGCACUCUUUGGUUACAAUUAAUCAGUAAAGGUUACAAUAAUCAGUUAACAACAUCCCGAAUAAAUAUCGUCAUGAUACGUGAUUUCCUUAAAAUUUUACAUCAUCGUGGAUAUAGUUAUUUGUGAUUAUAUCAAAAGCUGUUUGAUGUACAUAGUAUGUACGAUGCAGUUAACAUUACAAUAACAAUAAUAACUAUUUAAGCAUCGCUCUGAGAAAACGGGGCUUAAUGCAUGUGUGUCUCACGUGUUGUCUCAGAUUAGUCUGGGCCGUCCACACCGGAUAAUCAGGGAUGACCGUUUCCGCCUUCACUGGAUUUUCGCUUAGAAGAGAGACUGUCUGAAAGCAUAAAAUACCACACAAGAUGAAAGUGUCGACCCUGUGCAGACAUCGUAUGCUUAUCUUGGUUGAAACUUUAGGCCCAUGCAUGAAGUCCGGUUUUCACCGAGCGAUGUUCAUUGCUAUAGUUAAGACACUCCACGCAGUCCGCCAUAUCUUCAAAAAAUCGGAUUCCACUGUCAGUUUCUAUUUGACUGUAAUGAACCUGAUUAUUUCUAAUCUACAUGUAUAUUAAAAUAAUAUUAGUUUUGUUUGCGUUUCAUUGUUAACAUGUUCUUAUUUCUUCUAGAUUUUGUAUUGCUUGUUUUUGUAGGAAUGAAACUGAUGUUUGCCCAUGAGUCAGUUUGUAUGUGACGUCCAAACUUUUGUAAUUCAUUGCGCAAUCUGUUGCAAUGUGAUAUUUUUAUAACAAAAUGUGAUAUUCAAAUAAAUGGUAUUUACCUUAA